AAAGGGUUAAAGUCCAUUGCGGUGGACCCGUUCUACGGUAUAUUAUUAUACCAAACAAUCACCGACAACUGUAAUAAUUAGUAUUACGGUGAAACAAGAUAAUUGCAAUCACCGCACUAUAAAAUUGAGAAUCAUUCCUUAUAAACGUCGUCCAAUAUAAUAUAUAUAUAUAUAUAUGUCGCGACUCUAGAUCGUUAAAAAUAAUGAAGAUACAACAUCGRAACUCUUUAAUUUUGGAACUUUUAAUAUGCUGGUCGUUAGUUCGAACACUGAAAUCGAACAAAAUAAAAAUAGGAGCGUUGUUUACACAUGACCAGAUCAAUAGCAGCCUCGAAAUAGCAUUUAAAUUUGCAGUCGAUCAAAUAAACCGCGAUGCACAUCUCUUACCACACACCCAAGUAUCUUACGAUAUCCAGUACGUACCACAUGAUGACAGUUUUUAYACCAUUAAAACAGCAUGUAGCCAACUCGAUCUCGGCAUCGCAGCUCUGUUCGGCCCGAGUAACAGUUACUUGGCAUCACAUCUACAGUCUAUGUGCGACACUCUGGAUUUACCACACAUAGAAGCUAGACUUGAUUUAGAAAUGGACCCCAAAAGGUUAUCGAUCAAUUUGUAUCCAAAACAAAGUCUCCUGAACCAAGCUUAUAGUGACGUUAUAUCAUUUUUAAACUGGACGAAAAUGGCCAUUAUAUAUGAACAUGAUUACGAUUUAUUUAGAAUGAAAGAUUUCAUGAAAACCGUGCCUGACAGAAAAACGGUAGAAGUAUACUUGCGACAUGCCACACCAGAUACAUACAGAUCAGUACUGAAUGAGAUCAAAAACAUGGAGAUUUAUAAUAUGCUGGUCGAUACAAAAUCGGAACAUGUAGAUCAUUUUCUGAGAGGUAUACUACAACUCCAAAUGAAUGACUACAAGUUUCAUUAUCUUUUUACAUCAUUUGAUAUGGAAAUGUUCGAUUUAGAAGAUUUCAAAUAUAAUUUCGUGAACUUAACUACAUUCAGAAUGGUGGACAUCGAAGAUGUCGGUGUUCGAGAAGUACUCAAACACAUGGAACAAUAUUCCACUGAAAAGAAUCAGUCUAUCAACAAGUUUAUGUUGACACAGUGUGAACCAGCUCUUAUAUAUGAUUCAGUWCAAGUUUUAGCAGUCGGUUUGGGCGCUCUGCAACAAAACAAUAUACUCGAAUAUCCAAAUAUUUCAUGUAAAGAUGAARUUCCUUGGAGUAACGGAUCCAGUUUGAUAAACUACAUUAAUUCGGUGGAGAUAAAAGGACUUACUGGGCCGAUACAGUUCAAAAAUGGCCAAAGAACAGACUUUAAAUUAGAUUUAAUGAAACUCAAACAACAUGCGUUGGCAAAAGUUGGAGAGUGGACACCUGGACUUGGCGUAAACAUCACAGAUAUGUCUGCUUUUCACGACACAGCUCCUUACAAUAUUACACUUGUAGUUGUAACAAUUGUGGAAUUUCCCUAUGUCAUGAUGCAUCUAGAAAAAAAUUACACGGGGAACGCAAGAUUUUAUGGGUUUUGUGUCGAUUUGUUAGAAAUUAUUGCUAAACAAGUUGGAUUUGAUUAUAUYUUGGAUUUAGUACCUGACAAUAAGUACGGUGCUCAGGAUCCAGUAACAUUAGAAUGGAAUGGUAUAGUGGAACAACUCAUAAAGCAUAAAGCAGACUUGGCUGUUGGAUCAAUGACCAUUAACUACGUCAGAGAAAGUGUUAUUGACUUCACUAAGCCGUUUAUGAACUUGGGGAUCAGUAUAUUAUAUAAGGUCCCCAGCAAUCAACCAGCUCAAUUUUUUUCAUUCAUGAACCCUCUGGCACUGGAGGUAUGGAUCUACUGGUUAAUAGCAUACGUGGUCGUGUCAGUUACACUGUACAUUGUUGCCAAAUUUUCACCGUACGAAUGGGAGGACCAAACUUCCGGAAAGCUAUUCAGCAGCCCCAAUCUAGCAACAAAUGUGCCUCAAAUCAACAGGUUCACUCUUUCUAACAGUUUUUGGUUCACCAUUGGUUCACUCAUGCAACAAGGUUCAGACAUAAGUCCAAAGGCAAUUUCUACGAAAAUAAUUGGAUGUGUUUGGUGGUCCUUCACAUUGAUUAUAGUGUCUUCAUACACGGCAAAUUUGGCUGCUUUUUUGACAGUGGAGAGAAUGGUUAGCCCGAUUGAAAAUGCUGAAGACCUUGCUGCACAAACAAAUAUUGCAUAUGGUACAUUGGACAGUGGUACUACAAUGACAUUUUUUAGGGACUCCAUGAUUGAAACGUACAAGAAAAUGUGGGCGUACAUGCAGAAGAAGAAACCGUCAGUGUUCGUGACUUCGUAUGACGAAGGUAUUGAGAGGGUUCUGCAAGGUAACUUUGCGUUUCUAAUGGAAUCCACGAUGCUCGACUACGUUGUGCAGAGGAACUGUAACCUGACCCAAAUAAAUGGAUUGCUGGACUCCAAAGGAUAUGGAAUAGCCACACCUAUGGGGUCACCGUGGAAAGACCAGAUAUCCUUGUCGAUUCUCGAUCUGCAAGAAAAAGGUGAAAUACAAAUGCUUUACAACAAAUGGUGGAAGCCACCGAACGACAUGUGCGUACCAGAAGGGUCCGGGGCCGGGGCUAAGACAAACACUCUGGAUUUCAAAAAUAUAUGUGGAGUGUUCGCCGUACUUCUGGUAGGACUUAUCAUAUCGAUUAUGGUAUCGAUGUUUGAAUUCUAUCACUACAGGAAGAAAAUAAAACAAAUCGAACAGCGAAUAGGACCGCAAAGAUCCACUUGGAGAGACUUGGUUGACGAAUUAUGGUUUGUUUUGAAAUGUCAGGGRUCCAGACAGCGAACAGUUUUGACACACAGAUGCGAGCAGUGCCAUCCAAAAGUCAGAACAGCAGAACGACGUUCUAGGCGAGAUUUUAUAGAAGCCAGCAGACUAUAAUACGACGUUAAUUAUAGUUGCCAUAACGCAUAUAUUGUAUACGUUAUCAUUGUCACGUAAAUAUUGUAGUGUUAGCCUAAAAAAUAACAUUUCAAUAUUCAAUUUUCAAUUAGUAUUUACUUUCUAUUAGAUUAAUGCA